UUUGGUGCCGGCGGUGCGAGUGAUUACAGUGUUUGGAUUGAAACAGCCUGUGAAUGGCGAAACAUAAAGAACUUCUACCGUUAUUGGUAUUUUCCCUUCUUCUGGUGGAUCACAGGGUCCAUGGACAAUCCUGCCAAGAUUCUAACAAAACUGGUUUGGAUAAUGUUAGGGAUCAAAUAAGACUGUUGGAAAAUGAAAUUGGCACAUUAACGGACGUAAUGCAGCACGCGGCAUGGUCGAUAAUUAACUUAAAGGCCACUUUGGGCCGGAUCAAAUCCACAAUGGAUGCGAUGGUCGACGGAGACGGUUCUUCAAACGAAACGACAAGUUGUUGUAGUGAAUCAGGUGGAGCUGACGUUACCCCAAGUACCUGUGCGAAUAUGAACAUGGCCGAUCUUUUGGCACAAUAUUUCAAUGAGCAUAUGGUCAUCGAAAUUAAGUUCUCAAAUGGAAGCUCGGUUAUCAGCGGAUGCAACGGAACCAUGGAACAGGAACAACCAACAGGUCGCGUGGUAAACUCUUGUCAAGAAGCUCAUAAAACUGGAACAUACAUUCUCAACCAUAAUGGUAACUCAAACGAUAGUUUUUCCGUUCGUUGUGAUGCUGAUUAUGAAGCAGGAGGUUGGGUAGUCAUGCAACAUAGAUACAUUGGGACAGUAGACUUCUAUCGUAAUUGGACCGAAUACAAGCAAGGCUUUGGAGAUUUUGAUAGCGAAUUUUGGUUGGGCAAUGAUAAAAUUUAUCAGUUGACAAAGAACCAGCCUCGUGAGAUUCAUUUCAUUUUGACGGAUUGGGAUGACAGGAAAGCCGUCGCAAAAUAUUCAUCUUUUCAGAUUGGAAAUGAGGAAGAAAAAUAUGUACUCAAGAGUGUUGGCAAUUACAGUGGUACCGCUGGAGAUUCCUUAUCGAGAGGAUUGCAUUCAAAGUUCUCGACCCAAGAUCAGGACAACGAUUCAUACAGCGGAAACUGUGCUAGCUUAUAUCACGGAGCGUGGUGGUAUGAACAGUGCCAUCUUGCCAACCUGAACGGAAAAUAUGCUAGGGGAACGGUUACUGAAUAUGCUACCUCAAUGGGCUGGCAAACUUUUAUGGGAUAUUAUUACGGAUUGAAAACUUCCAAAAUUAUGAUUAGAAUUUAAAAGCUUACAGGAACUAACUAGCGAUCAACUGGAUUUUACUGCAAUUAAAACAGUAUUGUGUCAUUUAAAUUUUUGCUAGUUUUUAAUGAGCUAUAAUUAUUGCGAAUAUCGAAAUUUCGAACUGCUUAGGAUUAAGGCGACUAAAAAUUAUUUUUGAGGAGAAGUCCCGAAA